GGAACGCUACUGCGGAUACCCAACGGGUUCAAACUCUUGCUCUCACCUCUUCCAACUCAUAGUCGCUUUGUCCACCAUGUCUUACAGAGAUCCAUAUAACGAGCGAUACGAGGGGGCACAGCAGCAUUCUAACGACGGUCCUCAAUACAAUCCUUACAGUACCAGUCAGCCUCACCAGACUUACGACCAAGGGGGUUACGACUCGUAUGCCGCGCCAGGCGGUUACAGGGAUGAUCCAAACUUUGCAAGACAAGGCGCAGACACCAUCUAUGAACCGCAACAUUUAAAUCAGACGAACGAGAUGGACCGAAAUGAUUUCGGUGCUGGAACUUCUGGGAAGGGACAGCAAAGUGUGCGACAAUGGAGAUACAGCCAUCAAGGUGCUCUGUGGACGAAGGGGGGCCGCGGUAGAUGCAUUGGUAGAUUUUGUUGUUGCACAUUACUAGUUAUCAUUUUCCUUGUGAUCAGUAUACUGCUAGCGCUUGCCAUGUGGAUUACACCACCCGACAUCGUGGUCGGUACCGUGGCGCCCCAGAGUACUGCCGGGGGAAGCGAGAUACAAUCCGUGUCCAAUGGGAUUCAGGUCAACCUUGGCGUAAACAUAUCAGUAACCAACCCGAACUACUUUCAAGUUUCGUUCAGCAAGAUAGAUGCACAGAUAUUUCAUCCGAUCAACAACACCCUCAUAGGGAAUGGUACCGAGGAUAGUAUUACAUUCCCUUCGCAUAGUCAGAAGAACUUCACAUUCCCAUUUUCUAUCGAAUAUACUACGACUAUGCCCUCGAGUAGUGCGAUUUUAACCGACCUGGCCAACAAAUGUGGUGUUUCCGGUACAACAUCAGACAUAACCGUUGAUUACAAAAUUACUCUUGGAUUGCGAAUACUGUUCUUCACAGUGUCACCGGUGAUCAGUAACAGUGUAAGCUUCCCAUGUCCGCUGUCAGCAAGUGAUCUCAAGGGCUUGUUACCUGGCCUUACUGGGCGUGGUACUGCUGACCUUUACACUAUAGCGUAGCAUAUGUAUAGCUAGAUUACUCAUGCGCCGGACUAGCGGACUAUUCUUUGCAUAGCACAUUUUUUUCAUAGGUCCUGAUAUCAUUGCGGACUCUAUUUGGAUAUAUCUACGCGUAUGAGGAUUCAUGGCAUGACGCUCUUCGUUGUUCUCAGUGGACUUUUUUUGACUAAUGAAUGAUGAUAAUGGUAUAUAGUUACAAUAUAAAUUCCAAGGACAAGACUUGAUUCCG